AGCAAAAGUGAUUAAUUGGGUGGACUUGCAUGAAAGUAAAAACACGUCGAGAAGAGAGAACAUUUAAGGAAAAUAGAAAUAAAAAGUUAGAUGAUAACCAGAAUGUGGACCUUAAGAAAGAAGAAUGAAUCGGAAAUUGGAGAAAAUUAGGGAAGCACAAGAAAAUACUUUCAGACAAUAACAUAAAGUAACAGAGGACACAGCAAAAUCUCAUGCAUAUCCUGACAAAUACUAAGUAAAUGUGAAGCAAGUGACACUAGCAGAGGAAGCAGGAGGCAUGAGGGCACAGUAACACCUUGCACAUAGGGAUGAAACUGCCAAUGGCAGUCUGAAUUAGAGAUUUGCAAACAUUCUGCGAGUGCAGACGAUGCCACUCAGCAUCUGAACAAAGAUGUGGUUUGUAAGGGGCUCGUAUAAUCAGGAAUGUCAUGUACUUCUGGCCUUUGUUCUGUCUUUAUUGUGGCAUGUUGUAGAUUGUCAGGAACAGACAGAUUUCACUAUACAGGCUCCAAAAGAAGUAGCAGCACAAAAUGGACUGUGUGUGCAAUUUCUCUGCAGCUUUACCUAUGAUCAUUUAUCUGGAAAUAUAGAGUCAAGGUCUGAAGGAAUCUGGAAAAGAGAUGGAGUCAAUGGAGUUGUUGUAGCUUCAAAAGGAGGUUCUCCCAAAUCAUCUAACACAAAUUCACGCAUCCUUCUUACUGGAAAUCUGCAAAAGGGGGACUGUUCUUUGCGUAUAAAUAAUGUGAGUCCAAAAGAUCAGGGACAUUAUGUAUUUAGAAUUGAAGGAACAGACAGACUGAAAUAUAAUUACCGUUCCAUCCAGCCUUAUGUGAACGUGACAGAUAAACCGAUCAUUUCUUCAGUCAAGAUGCUGAUUUCUGGUAAAGAAGCUACACUGACAUGCACAGCCCCUUUGAGCUGUUCUAAGACUCUAACCAUUGAGUGGGAAGGAAAUGUAGCAAAAAAAAAGCACAAUUUAUCAAACAUCACAUUUACUCCAUCUGAGAGAGACCACAACUCAACUCUGUCAUGUAAAGUAACCUACGGUAUCUAUAAAGUCCUUAUUACAAGUGACACAAUUACUCUUAGUGUUUCAUAUCCUCCCUCUAUGGAAAUCAUCAUCUCAGGACGGGAGCUGAUCAGCAGCAAUAGUGUGAGUGUGGUAGAAGGGGAAUCAUUAACAAUGGAUUGCCACGUGAACAGUAACCCAGAAGCUACCAUUCAGUGGCUAAAAGGAGAUGAAGUAAUUAAUAAUAAAUCCUCUACGCUAAGUCUAAUAAAUCAACUUCAAAACAUUUCACUAAGUAAUGACGGAUUGUACACAUGUUAUGCAAAAAAUGUCAUUGGGAACAUCAGCAAUUCUCUUUAUGUUACUGUGAAAUAUGCUCCAAGAAGUCCAGAGAUUCAAGCUAAACAUCUUCAUGGAGAGAACACUUCAAAAGAAAAUUAUACAAUUGUCUUAGAGGGAUCCCCGUUAUCCUUAUUGUGUUCUGCCAAAAGUAAUCCAGUAGCGACAUUUAUGUGGAUGAAAUCUAGCCACAAUGUGACAACCAAUUUACCAAAUGGACAAGAUGGAUUUCUGAAUAUUAUCAGUGUCUCAGAGAGUGAUGAGGGGACAUACACAUGUAACGCCAACAAUGAACAUGGUAAUGCAUGCAGCUCCAUCACAAUAAUUAUGGCAUAUAAACCGAAACCCCUACUGACAAAUGUUUCUGAGUGCUCAAGAAAAGACAAUUCUAUUGAAUGCAGUUGUUUUAUUCACUCAUUUCCGCCACCUCAAAUAAUGUGGAAGAUUAAUAAAGAAUAUUACAAUUACAGCAACAAGGACCUUCAUAUUAUCACUCUGAAGGCAGAGCGAGUAUGGAACAGCACCUUGACAAUUCAAGUUAAAAAUGAGAUCCAUUAUACUAUUCAGUGCAUCGGGUUUAAUAUAUUUGGUAACUUCAGCUUGGAUUUAACUUUAAACGCUCCUGUGAGACAGAAUCAAGCCAUUAUGGUUGGAGCUAUUGCUGGAACAUUUCUUCUUGUUUUGAUUUUUCUGGCAGUUGUUUUUGCCAAGUUCAUCCAAAAAAAAAAACAAUUUCAGAAGGAAGGAACCACAGAGGUUAACCCUGCGGAUGAAGCAAUUUACUGCAAUACAAAAAUGACAACACCAGACUCUGAUGAAAUCCAAAUGACUGAAGAGGAGCAGCAAUAUGAAAUGGAGCCUACUUAUCAAGAUCUAUCUGUUUACAUGAACUAUGAGGAUGAUCUGAAUUAUGUAACCUUAGAUUUCUCAAAGAUGAAACCCAAAGAUGUUCCAGAUGAGGAAACAGAUGAAGAGAUGAUUGAAUACGCAGAGGUCAAGCACUAAUAUCCAAGAUCAACUUUAAAGUGCAGCUAAAUAAAUCAAUAUAAACCGCUCCUUUAGAAUCAAUUCAAGUUCAAGAAACGACAUAAAUAGUUUUUUUAGGAAUUCAUCGUGUAAACAUGGGGUUUCAAUUUAUCAUAUUGGAACAGGACAUUGCCGUGUAUUUCAUGCCUGAAUAUACUAUAAUUAUUACGAAAACCCAUUCAUAUAGAAAAGAAACCUUUAUUUGUGUAUAGGGAUUGUGUAAAUUAUCAUUCACAAUCAUUACAAUUUGAUGUUUGCUCAAUAUCAAAUGGUUAUUAACCUGUGCAACUUAUUCUAUGCUAUAUGGGUUUAUCUAUUUGCAUUUACCACCAGAAUUAUGCACUGAACAACAACUCCUUCAGAUGUUACACAGGUGGAGCAGGAGUCAUGGAUUUUCCAUAGAUGGUGCUAACGCAUGAAGUCGGAAGGGUUGGAUACUCAAGCGGCAGAGUGGCAGAGGGGGCAACCGCCACAUAAACCAAAUGAGUGGUGGUAUAGGGUAAAAUAUUGUGAUCCUCUCUCACCCUCAUGCACGCUUGAAGAAGCACCACUGGAUCACAUACAACAUUGAAAGACAGAGGAGACGUUCUUUGUUUUGAGGUAUUUUUUAAACCAAUUAAGAGGUCGAUCACAAUCAAUUGGCGAUUUGCUUCAAAAAUGUUUUUUUUUUGCUUUCUGGCUGAAUUGGUCGUUGUGUAUCCAUUUGUUAAAUGCGUGCAGCUGAUAAUACUUUUUCAAUAGAAAAGUUCCAGAAAAGGCCUUUUUCUGUGUUAAGUAAGUGUUUUCAGGAUAGAAACUGAAAUGUUCAAUAGUCCUUUCACUCCUUUUAAGGUUACAGUAAAGUGCUCUUGAAUUAACACCUUUGUUCACUGUUAAAGGGAAUUGCUUAUUUACAUGUGUGAGAUUAACCAAAUCCAUCCUCACCACUAUUUAACCCCCUGAAUGCCAUUUGUAUGUGGGCAUGAUGAACAUACUGAGCAUGAUUGCUCCCUCGCUAUAGCAUCACUUAUAAUAUUUAACAAAGUUUGAGUCUUACAAUAUUUAUAUGUAUUAUUUGUAAAUGCACCACUUCUGGUGUGAUCUUAAACAAGAUGUAUACAAUGGGGGUCUAUUACAUGGACUUAUGAUAUCUUCUUAUACUGGAUUUUAACAGUACUAAAAGGUCAGAAUGUGAAACAUGCUAUAUCUAUAAAGAUAAUGUUCAAACAAGAUUGGGCCUUUGUGACUGUGUUAUUUUAGGGAAUGUGCCUUUGUGCGUGCUAAGUCCAAAAAGUGGUGACAACAGUGCUUUUUAAAUUACUAAAAGGCCUCAGCUGAUCGAUUGUGAUUAAUCCCCAAAUUAGUUGUUACUUGCUGAGUUGCGGUUCAAUUAUUUGAACAUAUUAUAAAAAUGGCUUAUGAAUUUUACUGCUGCCCAUAUGAAAACCAGAAUAUUGAGGUGACAAAACACUUAAAAAAAGUCAAAUGGUGCAAGAUGUAAGACUAAAACAGACAGGGCAUUUUCUAUGAGUUGAUCAAAUUGUUCAUGCAUCUUUUAUAUUUCAUUCAGACUAAGAUUGGCUAAUUUUCUUUGCUGGAUUUGAUUGUUUUCUGACGGUGGUAAGGCCAGCUAAUGCAGUCUCUUUUUAAGGAAUUGAACAGAUUACAGAUUUGAUAAAUUGACCUAUAUUCAAUAUUAAAAUGACAUAAUACUCAAAUAAUAUACACUAUAAUACAGACAUCCGAAGUCUCCCUGAAGUUCAGGGAGUCUCCCUGAUUGUAAUAGCGGCUCCCUGAUGCCAGCAAAUGGAAUGCAAUCUCCCUGAAACUCCAAGUACUAUGAUCUAAUGUGGCCCAAAUCCGGAAAAGUGUUUAAGGAAUGUCUUUAGUUGCUGGGACGUUAUAGAACCCUUAAAGCAUCAGUAACCAAAAAGCCCCCACUGAUUCUAAUAAAAUAAAACACAAAUACUACCUUAUUUACUGCACGUAAUUAAACUUCAGAUUCUAAAAUAUUUGAGCAUUCAACAAGCGUACGAUCACUGGAAAAUAGGUUUGUUGAAUGUGGUUGUGCAAUAAAGCUACUUUUUUUAAUGUGACUUUAGUGAGAAGCUACUUUAAUGAUAAGUCUCUAUCUUAUUUAGGGUUUCAAGUUGUCCAAUAUAUAACUGGGAGGGGCGGUGGCGGCGCAGUAUCGGGAGAAGCCACCUCCCUGAAAUGAGUUUUUGCAGGUUGGGAUGUCUGAUAAUACAUUUGAAAGAGCAGCUGUAAAACGUGUUAAAAUAUUUAGUUGUGUAUGUCCCUUAUUCACUUCAUCUGGAUCAUGGGUCUUUAUUGCUUUUAAGUUGAUAUAGAAAGCCUCCACAAACACAACUUGGUUAAUUCAGCAAAGAAUUAAAUAAAAAAGUGGUAAAACAUUUUGAAAUAUUCUUUUCUAAAUGAAACAUAGAAAAUGAUUAUCAUGUUGUUUUGUCAUAGUACUUGUAACAAUAUUUUACAUUUCAUUAUUAAAGGAAAGGCUUCUACAUAAAAUUGUAAAGAAAAAGGAUGUCAUUUUUAUAUAAUUAUUUAUAUUUAUUUUUAUUAAAGAUUUAAAAAUAAAACAAAAUUAAAAUAAAACUGUGUUUUUUAAAGAUGCCUUAGUAACCUUAAGUUUAAGUUACCACGUCUUAAGAAACCAUCCCAAAGCUUAUGAAUUAGGUGUACAUUUUCUCCAGCUGUGGAACAGUAAGCCUCAGGACUGAUAGUUCCAAACACAAAUGUAUAUCAGACAUAAACAAAGGGGAAUACAAAUUAUCAAAGUCUCACAUUUUGUAAAAUUAUUUUUAUUUUUAUAUAUUUGUAAACUCACAAUAUACUGUAUUAAUAUUACAUCCCCUACGAGACAUAUAUAUAUAUUUUAUUUAUGAUUUUUUAUUGUUUUUAAACAAAGAAAACAUACACAACGUAGAGCAUCUAUUAAUUACUUUACCCGAUGGAACAUUUUUCUGCCAUUCGUUGAAAAAAUUGUAGUUUGGUAAUUAAAGCCUAUGAAAAGAUCAGAUGUAUUUUUUAAAGUGGAUAUAAGACAAUAAAAACAAAUAUAGAAGACAAAAAGAAAAGAGGAAAAGAGAAUAGAGAGAAAAGUGAGAAAAAUAGGUUGGAAGAAUAGAAGAAAAGUCAGAAUGGAAGAGUAAGGGAGGUAUCGGACCUAGAGAAGAUUUGGAAAGGGCAGAGGGUUAUAGGAUGAAGGUGUCUGUGAUAUAGGCAAAGCUGCUUGAGUAUAUUAGUGGUCUAAUUAUUCUGAUUAGCUUAUUUGUGUUUCCCAUUAAAAUGUAAUGUGUUGGAACAUAGCUAGCUUGUUUUUUCUAAGGUAACAAUACUCCUCAAGUGCCAUCAAUUUGUGAGUUCUCUCUAUCCACUCAGUGAUGCUAGGCAAUCCCCAUUCUUCCAGUCUCAAGCAUGUGUGUGUACAUAUAUUUGUAUGUGUGUA